CUGCUUAGGGCUGGGUGUUCCGCUCAUGGGCCGCUCAUAGAUUAUUAUUGUUACGAGUUCUGGGUCCGGUGGUCACAUCUGGUAGACAUUUCCACACGCCGCGGUGUUCUCUACUUUUCCGAGACUUUUUUCACCCAAAAAAAGACCCGUUCCACCCUGCGCAGGGCGGGAUCGGGGCGAUAAUCCUGCGCACUCCAUAGUGACGAAUCACCUGUCCUGACAAACCGACGGGUUCAUCCGAAAGCGGCGGCACAUUACCGAUCCAUUAUAACUUAUAAAUAGACUUUAUUACACCAAUUACACAGGGAGGGGCGCCGUGUAGCUAUUUCGGCUCUUCGAAGGGAGCGUGUGCUCUUUUAAUAACAAGAGUUCAGCCCUGGGCCUUCUUAAAGGGACAGUACACACAUCACCUUCUGAAUUGUACUCGCUGCUAUCAGCCAAUGCACAUAUCUAUUGGAGCCGUGUUCAAACAGUUCCUUUUUAUUUUCUGCUAUUUUUGUACUAUUGUAUCUAAAAUGGCGCCUUUCCUGUGGCUAGUUUAACGGAAAUUGCACUGUUUGAACCCUAUAACGCCCCCACAAAGAUUUUAAGCUGCUGACUUUUAGGAUUUUCUGGCCCUUUAAAUACUGCCGCUCAUGUCAUAGUCAAGGUGAUAAACGAAAAAAAAAAAGUUUACCACAGGGGUCAUCGGCUGACUAACCUCCGAGCGACAUGUGAUGUGUUCCGUGAAGCUGCAAUUAGCGCGGCCCCCGCAGCGCAAGCAGCCUUAUUACAUGACCAGGUGCAGUGAUCAGACUCCACCCCCUCUCUCUGCAAAGCCAGAGGAUCCAUGGGAAAUGUAGGCAGCAUUGGAAUAACAUCCAGUGUGGCUGAAAACUCAUGCUUGCCACAUCAGCUAAAACAGUUUACCGUGACGCGGUUUCCCCCCGCCGAACAUGACGUGACGUCUGAAGGAGCGCAGCCCAGAACCCCCUGCCGCCUCCCGCCCUCAUCAUGGAGCUCAAAGUAUGGGUAGACGGGGUCCAGAGAAUCGUCUGCGGGGUGACGGAGGCGACCACCUGCCAAGAAGUUGUCAUCGCCCUGGCGCAGGCCAUAGGUCGCACCGGGAGAUACACUUUAAUAGAAAAAUGGAGAGAUUCAGAGAGGCACUUGGCCCCUCACGAGAAUCCGGUAAUCGCUCUAAACAAGUGGGGACAGUAUGCGAGCGACGUGCAGCUGAUUCUGAGACGCACCGGACCGUCUCUGAGCGAACGCCCUACGUCAGACAGCAUCGCCCAUGUGCCCGAGAGGAACCUGUACAGGCAAAGCCUGCCCCCCCUGGCCAAACUGAGGCCCCAAAACGAUAAGUCCAUAAAGAGGCGUGAACCAAAGAGGAAAUCAUUGACUUUUACCGGUGGAGCCAAAGGACUUAUGGACAUUUUCGGUAAAGGUAAAGAGUCUGAAUUUAAGCAGAAGGUGCUUAAUAACUGCAGGACGACGGGCGAGGACCUAAAGAAACUCAUCCACCUACAGUCCGAGAAGCUGCUGACCCUCGAGAAGCAUCUGGACUCCAGCGAUGCCGAAAUGCGAUAUUGGGAGCAGAAGUACAAGUCUGGCUUAGAGGGGGAAAUUGGGAAAUGGGAGCAAAAGAUCAAACGGAACGACGUGGAGAUCGGGGAGGAGGAGUUCUGGGAGAACGAGUUUCAGAUCGAGGUGGAAAACGAAAAGCAACUCAAGGAACAACUGGAGGAGAUGACCCAACGUAUGCUCCAGUGCGAGAGCCAGCUGAAGGACUACCAGAGCCAAAUCCAGACCAUAGAGAGCGGGAUUGAGGCCGAGAGGUUACAGAUGGCCAUGCAAGAGACGCAGAUCAAUGAAGAAAUCGUCAGAGGGAAGAUCGAGAAGAUCAAAGGGGACAUGGAGGUCCAGGGGCAGGAGAGUGUACGGCUGGAGAACGGCGCCAAGGCCGUAGAGCGAUCUCUGGGACAAGCUGCUAAGAGGUUAUUGGAGCGAGAGCAGGAACUCGAACAGUUGACCAAAGAACUCCGACAAGUGAAUCUCCAACAGUUUAUCCAGCAGACUGGUACCAAGGUUACGGUGCUGCCUGCAGAGCCUAGCGAGACGGAAUUCCCAACGCCAGAAAAAGAGCCACCAUUCCAGUCAGGGUCUCUAAAGCGGCCCGUGACUUCGAGACAACUUCCGAGUAACCUAAGGAUCCUCCAGAAUGCCUUGUCUUCAGGCUUUAACCCCGAGGGCAUCUACGUAUAACUACACGCCGCUUUCGGGUGAACUCUACAAAAAAGACCGGCUGUGGACGUUACUUUACAUUUCUACACAACUCUCCUACCUUGAAGAGUAGCGAGUUCUCCUCAUCAUUCGGCUUUCAGGCUUAAGAAGUCUUGAAACCUAAUUCCCCUCAAUCCACCCCCCCCCCCCCCAUGUAUUUUUCCAACUCUUCGCGAGGAAAUCACCGAUGGAAACCAUCAAAUAAGUAUCGAGCAAUACGACAUUGCUGACGUGUCGGCCUGAGGUCGACACUUUUUUAUCCGAUUUUUUUUUUUUGGAUACCGUUUUUGAAGUAUUGUUUCAUACGGAACAAAAGACUGGCUGGAAACGUUCUGCAUCUAAGGAAGGGUUAAAAGUGAUAUAAAUAUAUAUAUAUAUUUUUCCAUCUGCUUUUGUAUCUCAUACCAAUGAUAAGACAAUAUUGUAUUUGUUAUAUAUUUAAUGUCCUGUAUUUCAUAGUACUUUUUUUUUUCUGCUCAAUCUUUAACCGGAACAGUGUUACUUAGAAGCACGUCGAAACUUUUUGUGGGAUUUUCUAGUAGGGAUGACAGUAUUAAAUCCUGAUGGUUACAGCAGGAAUCCAGUAGUAUCUGCGGGACUUACCGGCCUAUCAGAUCAUCUGGACUACCAAGUAUUCAGGUCAAAGGUAGACAGUAUUCUAAUAAUCCAGCAUCCGGGAUUCGGGUCUAGCUGGUCUGGUCUGGUAAUGGACGUUUAGGUGCCAGAUUAUUGGACUUUUGCUGUAUAUUUUCUAUAUAUGUAGAAAUAUAAAUGAGACCACACUUCCGAACCAUUCCAUGGUCCAGUUUAAAUGUAUAGCUUCUCAGAGGUGGGGUUUAUAAAAUAAGGAGUGGCCUAUAAUUGCCAGGUCCUUAGCUCCUCAAAGGCGGGGCUUAUAAAAUAAGGAAUGGCCAAUGGAAGCCAGAUACAAUCUGGUGCCAACUUUCUGUAGGUUGUGGAAGUAUUUAAUGGUGUAUUCCAGUAUUUUAAAACAUAUCCCCUACCCAGAGGAUAAGGGGAUAAAUGUCUGAUCUCUUGGAUCCCCUGCGGUGUCCACAGCGGGCCCCGAAUCUCCCCACUGCAUGGUGCAUCGGUUCGGCACAUUCUGUAUGCAUUCUCCAUGGGAGAUUCAAAAAUGUUGUACUCUGGUAUCUCCAGCUCUCCCCUAGAGGGCACAUGGAGCAUGUUCUAACCCCGAAGUCCAUGCAGCGGGGAGAUUUAGGGCCCCGUUCUGGAGAUCAGACAGAGUACCCCUUUAAAGGGGUACUUUGGUGGAAAACUUUUUUUUUUUUUUAAAUCAACUGGUGCCAGAAAGUAAAUUACUUCUAUUAAAAAUCUUAAUCCUUCCAAUACUUAUUAGCUGUUGAAUACUACAGAAGAAAAUAUU